GGUGGUCGCCGCCACGGCCUUUUCUACCCUCGUCCAAUUCAAUGAUCAUGCAGUAUCAAGGGUCUAACCAAUCAACGGACGAUCCGCCACAAAAUCAAGAGCACGACGACAUCGUCGACCCGGCACAGUACUUGGCCGGAGACUCGGCGAUGUUGCAGCAGCAGCAGCUACGUAAGAACUGGAGCGAAGCGUCAGAUUGGAGGCCAGGAGGAGGGGGAAUUAUGACGAUGAACAAUCAAGGCUUUGAAGAAUCGAAUAUGGGUUUUGAGGAAUCCAUGGAGAUGACGACCUGUUUCUAUUUCCCUCCGUCGCCCACAAAUUUCCCUCUGUAUCGACCGAUGCCAAGUGUUUUUUUCGUUUCUAGUGAACAGGAGAACAUAAGCUUGGCGUUGUCUUGUCAGCACAUUCUUGAGGACAAGAGCGGUGCGUUGCAUGUGAUCAACGAACGCAAGAAGGAAAUCAAUCAACUGCUGUUCGGCGACUUUCAUUCUUACCUGCUUAACAAGUUCGGUGAUUUGAAUCAAAUAGUAAGGGCGUCGGGCGUGGUGCCCAAAGGCUUAGAGUCGUUGCUGAAUAAAAUAGCCGAUAAGGAUGAGAUGGAAAUGACAUUAAGGCGGAUCAACUGGUUGGAACAACACGACGAGGACAUCGUUGACCAGCAGGUCAUCGAACAUGUGAGCGUGGUGCAGCAACUAAUUCAGAAUAGGGGCGGUGAGUUGGAUGUGAUCUUUGGAGAGGGAGUUGUCACAAUCAACGGGCUGGAAUUCAGGGGCGGUCAAGGCUCGCCUACGGCGCCAGAAACAUUGCUUACUUGUCAGGCCAAGAUCUCCUCAAGAAUGUGGCUGGGACACGGCGGUCAAUGGGCGGUCGAGGUUCGUUCCAGCUAUAUUCGCCUCAACACUGGCAGUUUCACAACCGUGGAGGACGCCAUCUGCGCUCAUGAGUGGGUAGUAAGGUGGAGUGGAUGGGAGGAUCUUACUGGUUUCCCUGGACUCUUUGAAAAUGAAAAUAGAUCAAAACUACCGCAGCAGUUGCCACUGCCAGCACAAGAAGAGAGAUCAGAUGAGGAUUUUGGAUUGGUGUGCUGCAAUGCCACGGGGAAUGAUGAAAUUGAGGCAGUUGGAACCCGUAGUGAGGGGACAGAGGAAUGUGUAAUGGCAGAUCAAGCUCGGUUGAGUUCCUUGUGUCUGGGAAAAAGGAAAACAAAGAAAAAGAACCCAGGAGGGGAGAAAAGAAACAAGAAAACAAAUGGAGUUAGAUUAGCCAUUCCUCUGGAGAAUAUCUUACAAACCAAGGGAAUGCGUCGUAAAGAUGCUGCAAAGCAUCUCAAUGUUAGCAUGACUAAAUUGAAGAGUUCUUGUCGGGAGUAUGGUAUUCAAAGAUGGCCACCUCACAAUGAACACAAGCUUAUUAGGCAAUCUCUCCCCAAUGCAACUCCCGCGGUUGUCGAUCAAGAGGGAAUCCCACACUUGACUUCUGAUAUUGUGCCUUCUAAUCAAGCCUUGAUGGCUACUGUUGACACAAAUAAUUUUUUCGAAAAGGAAAUUCUGCUGCCACAACUUUUGCCUACAGCUCGACAAAAGAACCUUGAUGUGGGUUUUGGCAACGAUGAAGAUGAGGCAAUUGGAAUGGAGGUUGCGGGAACAAUGGAAGGUGUAAUGGUAGAGGCACAGUUGUAUUUUGGGUGUUCAGGGAAUGGGAAAUGGAAGGAAAAGAGCCCAGGAGGAGAGAGAGGUAAGAACAAAACUACUGGAGUCAAAAUUGCGAUUGCAAAGGAGGAUAUCUUGGAAACUAAGGGAAUGCAUCUUAAAGAUGCUGCAAAGCAUCUCGAAGUUAGCCGAUCUACGUUCAAGCGAGCAUGUAGGGAGCAUGGUAUCGAGAGAUGGCCACCUCACAAGGAACGCGAGCUUAUCAGUCAAUCUCACUCCAACAAAUCUUCUGCGGUUGUUGAUCAAGAGCGGACCCCACAAUUGAAUUCCGAUACGCUGCUGCCUUCUGCUCAAGUCUUGGAUAUUGUUGGUACAAAUAUUGUGACUAUAAUGGCAAGGUAUGGAGAAGUAAGAAUAAAGUUUCGGCUGUCUUGGCCGUGGAGAAUGGUAGAGCUGGAACAACAAGUGAAAAAGAGGCUGCCACUCGAGGCUGGAACUUAUUACAUCAAAUACAAAGAUGAGGACGAUGGGUUGAUGACUUUAAUAGCUUGCGAUGAGGAUUUAGAGGAUUAUAUCUCCAGUUCUAGCCGGCUGGGCACCCAUCCGAUUGAGGUAUUUCUUGAGCCCAAACUAGCUAGCUCAUGAGUUACGCGUUAACCAACUUUAAUCUCGGUACUGUAGAAGUGGUUGGUUAAACAGUCCAGAUCUAUUGCACAGGAGAAGUGCAUUUAGAAAUUCUCCAAUGGCUUGGUAUUUGAGUUGCUAUUGUUAUCGUCUCAAAAUUUAGUGCUUCAAAUGGUAUGUCGUACAAAUUUGAGGACAAAGGGUUGAUUUUAAUAGCUUGUAAUGAGGAUUUACAGCAUUACAAAUCCAAUUCUAGACUGUUGGGCACUUGCUCAAUUGUUGUAUUUCUUGAGUCAAAGUAGCCGUUUAAUUACGUCGACCAACUUGAAUCUUGUAAAUUAUUGCAAUUAUAGUGUUUAUCACGAAAUCACGUGUUUGGUUCAAAAUCAACCUAU